AUGAAACCUCUGAUUCUACAUGGGCACAAAAGGCCUCUAACAUGUGUAAAAAUCAACAGAGAUGGAGAUUUACUGUUAACAGCCGCUAAGGAUGGUGUUCUGCGUUUGUGGAGAGUGUCUGAUGGUGAACCGUUGGGGGUAUAUAACUGCCAAAGAGCUGUGGUUUGGUCCUGCGAUGUAACACAUGAUUCUCGCUUUAUCAUCGCAGCCUCUGGAGACUCGAGAAUAUUCGUCUUCCAAUUGCAGAACGGGCGUCUAAUCGCAGAGAUCAAAGAGGAAGGUCCUUGCAAGUUCGUUGAAUGGAAACAGCAUCCACUAAAGCAAAAUAAAUUUGUGUUGGCCCAUGACGACUUUGGGGAAACAGUUAACAUGUCAAUCAAGGUGUACAAACUAAAUCUUGUUACAAAUGAAUUGGGGCAGGGGGAGUUGAUUCCCCAAAUAGUUUGGACCCAACGAAACUAUUCAAGCCGUUGUAACCAGUGCCAUUGGGGGCCGUUGGAUAAAGAGAUAAUUACUUCUCAUGAAGAUGGCACUAUAAACAUUUGGAAUUCAGAGACAGGGGAGCACUUUAAAACGAUCCAGGCACACAAAAUGGCCGUCACAUGCCUUUCCUUCGGCAAAAAACGACUCCUCAUGCUUACUUGUUCCUCAGAUCAGUUUGCAAAAUUAUGGGAUACCCUAAACUAUGAAUGCAUCAAAACAUAUGAAACGGAUAGACCUCUUAAUGCCUGUGACAUAUCCCCAUUAUUUCAAUUAGAUGGACUAAGUGGGAAGAAUCACAUAAUUUUGGGCGGUGGUCAAAGUGCUGAAGACGUCACCACAACCACUGCCUCUGAGGGCAAAUUUCAAGUGCUGAUUUACCACAUAAUCCAUCAGGAGGAAUUGGGCUCCGUUAAGGGGCAUUUUGGUCCUAUUAACGCCUUGGCAUUUUUAUCAGACGGCUCUGGAUAUGUCAGCGGAGGGGAGGAUGGGUAUGUGAGGAUUUAUAACUUUGACGAUGAAUACUUUACUGAUAAAUUUUAG